AUGAUGCCCGUCCCACGCGGCAGAUCCGCAAACCAGUCCAUGACAUUUUUAGCUCUUGCUGCAGAUCUCCAUGGCUCCGACCCUAAGGGAAAGUGUGUUGAGACGCACUAUGUAGGCUGGAGACGCAUCGCGUGGGCUCACACACCAAGCUUGUCGAGCCGCAGGGCAGCCUGGGAGCCACUCCGCUCCUCAGCAACACGGCGAUGCUUGUAA